AUGCCUAAUAAUACGGCUCCUGCAUCAGACGGUAAAAAGUUGGCUGUAGUGCUCUCUGAGCGAAAAGUAGAUAUUAUCAACAAUGACGCCUUAACAGAGCAAGAAGCAAAUGCAUCGGUCGAAGCAUCUCCAGUCGUUGAAUGUCAAACGAUCAUAUCAUCAGUUUCAUCCGAAAAGAAACAGCUGAUGACGUCUGUGGAGGCUAUAGAGCUCUUGAAAAAGUCUUUGGUGUCGAUCAUUACAAGAACAGAGGCGCAGAAAUUAGCCGAAGCUAUUGCGAAAGAUCCUUCAUUAGCUAAAUAUAUAGAUAUUCCCUUAAGCAAGUUUGAUAAAUAUAUUGACGAUAAUCCGGCAAUUGCAGCAGCAGUUAUUGUGGCUCGAAUCACCCAAAACUGCAGUGAAUUACCCCAGUUUUUCCAAUUACUUGCUGGAAUGAAGAUCUCAGUACAAGCUAUGGAAGUAGUAAACAGACUGUGUACCCAAGUUGAAUUUCCACAAGAAUAUCUCAACAGUUAUAUUGCAACAUGUGUACGUCGUUGUGAAGAGCCAGAUCAGACGCCGUUUAUGCAAUGUCGUCAAGUACGAGUGGUGUGUGUCUUCCUUUCUUCACUUAUUCGAAGUCGUACGUGGGAUGUUCGCCCAUUAUCGGUAGAAUUGCAAGCUUUUGUCUUGAAGUUUAAUCACGUACGUGAAGCAGCUUCUCUGUAUCAAGCUAUUUUAAUGGCUCUUCAACCAUCUGCAGAAUCAGUGACAACUUGUUCCAGUACCCUUGGUCUUUCAGCGAAAACAGCUGGAGUCAUUUCAGCGGUUACGACUACUGGUUCUAUCGAACAAAGUGCUGCCAACAAUAGGGGUGGUCGUUGUAGCCACUGA